ACCGCGGGCCAUUUUCAGCCACUCCCCGUCUUUCCAUCCCUCCCUGGGUCGGUGCUAGUCCCGCCUUCCUCCCUUUGCCACCGGACCCAGCUACAGUUGGUUGAAUACUCCCUCUGGUUGCCGUCCUCCAAACCUGGGCAACCAUUUGGCAACAUACAUGCGCUGUACUCUUGAUAUCACUUUUCGAUCACUCCUGGGCUCCCAAGUUGACCUUCACCUCAAGGGAACAGAACCAAAAGAGGCGUUUUCCUCUGAUCCGGAUCAACAUUCAAGUCACAAGCCAUGCUCCUGCCCUCAUCGGUACUUGUCCUCCUCGGCCUCCUGACGUGGCAUCUCGGCACAUCGUGGGCUGCCAAAAUCAUCGUGGUCCCACCAACCCUGUUUGAAUCGCAUAUGUACAUCUUCAAGACGUUGGCCAACUCUCUGCAUCAAGAGGGCCAUGAGAUCCAUUUCCUUGUCUCGGAGGGUCGCGAGGUACUCCCUUCUCCUCAUUAUAAACUACAGCGCUACCCUGGCGUGUUCAACAGCAGCACAGCCGAGAGUUUCCUGCAGUCCAAAGUUGACAACAUCUUUUCAGGCCGCCUUACAUUUCUGGAGCUUUUUGACAUUCUUGAACACUACAGUCAGAAUUGCGAUGCAGUAGUAGGCAAUAAAGAGGUCAUGGCCCGCCUCAAGCAGGUCAAGUUUGACUUGUUGCUGGUGGACCCCAAUGAAAUGUGCGGGUUUGUUCUCGGGCAUAUUCUCGGCUUGAAAUAUGCCGUGGUCAGCACAGGUUUGUGGUACCCCACGGAGGUGGGAGCCCCGGCCCCGCUCUCGUACGUGCCCGUCUUCAACUCGUUGCUGACCGACCGCAUGUCACUGUUCCAACGGAUCUCCAACACAAUCGUCUACCUCUUAGAGAACUUUGGAGUCCAUUUUAUCGUGAUCCCCAAGUACGACCGCAUCAUGAUGAAGCAUGGAAUAAAGCCGCAAGUACCUAUGACCGAGUUGGUGCGAGGCAGCCAGAUGUGGAUGCUGUGCACCGACUUGGCGCUGGAGUUCCCCCGGCCCACCCUCCCGCACGUGGUAUACGUCGGAGGCAUCCUCACCAGACCAGCAAAUCCACUGCCACAGGACUUUGAAGAAUUGGUUAAUGAUACAGCAGAGCACGGCUUUGUUGUUGUGUCCUUCGGCGCUGGGGUGAAGUACCUUUCCCAUGACAUUGCACAUAAACUGGCAGGAGCUCUCGCCAGGCUACCCCAGCAAGUCAUCUGGAGAUUUUCCGGUGUUCCGCCUAGUAACAUCGGCAGCAACACCAAGCUUGUUGAUUGGAUGCCUCAGAAUGAUUUAUUGGGUCAUUCCAACAUUAGAGCCUUCUUGAGUCACGGUGGGCUGAACAGUAUCUUUGAAGCCAUGUACCACGGGGUGCCAGUGGUGGGUGUGCCCCUGUUUGGAGACCACUACGACACAAUGACCCGUGUGACUGCCAAAGGUAUGGGCAUUAUGUUGCACUGGAAAAGCAUGAGCGCAGAUGACCUCUACAAUGCCCUCUUCACUGUCAUAAAUGACCCAAGGUACCGACAGCGGGCAACCAUUCUCUCUACUAUCCACAAAGACCAGCCAGACCACCCAGUGACAAGAGCCGCCUACUGGAUCAACUACACCCUGCGGCACAAUGGCACGGGCCACCUGCGCUCUGCUGUAUAUGACAUAUCCCUCUACCAGUACUUCUUGCUGGAUGUGAUUUUCACCAUAGGGUCAGCCUUGGUUAUCUCUGUCUUUGCCUUGCGACAUUUGGGACGGUUACUGAGGGCAAAAUAUGGUGACAAGAGCCAAGAAGGCGGCGUUUCCAGGGAGGAGGGAAACAUGGUUAAUGGAUACUGCCACUCCUUGUCCAACGGUAAACACAAAGGCAACGGCUCCUUAAAGACGGAGAAGAAGGUGAAUUAAUUUUCUCAAACGGCCAAGAGGGAUGAGGAGGCAGUUGCUCAAGGCUGUGAGCCCUCGGUUUUUGUUUUUUAUAAAAGCUUCGGAGGAAAGCCCUUGUUAGGUCUGCAUCAAGAGGCAAGUGAAGAAGGAUAUGCAAUAUCUGUAUGGAGCGCUUGUGUCUGCGUGUAUGUGUAAAAGUGCGCCCGCUGAGGAGAAUUUAAAGUCUAAUCGCAUCUGCUGCAGCAUAUCACCAAAUUGGAACACUGAGGAUAAAACACUUUUCUCCAGCACAUCUUUCUGGCCUUCUAAGAGUGGAAUGACCAUGAUGGUGACAUCACUAACCACACAUGAACUUUUAACAUUUUUUGGAAUAUUUAAUGAAAAGUUCACCGAGUGUCUGCAUCAGCCCGAGGGCACAUCUAUUUAUUACUGUAUAAACGAGUUUUAACAAUGGAUGUUUUAUCUUAUUUUAAUUUAUUUAAUGGACUUAUUUUGUGGUGUGAUAGCAUGAUGAUGGAUAUGCAGUCGCUCUAAUAUCCCCAAUGUUAUGUCAUGUUUUACUUAUGUAUGCUUACUCCUGUGAAAUCGUCCUCUAUCUUAAAUAUAGAUCUGUUAGAUAAUUCCCCCGAUUGUCACGUUUAAUUAGGUGAUUAUCACAUCAUGCGAGUCAAUCUCUGCUAGACUGCUUUUAGGGUGUAUGUUUACAAAUAAAAGUAAUUCAAAAAUUAAUGAUGAAUGACUAAUGAAAUUGGUAGGAUCGGUUUGGUCAGCUGCCUGCGCCUGUCUGUUUUCCCCUGUCAAUGUAGUUCUGAAUCCAUAUCUAUUUAAUGUAUUUAUCGGUCAGAUAGGUACAGUAUCUAUUGAUUUUUGACCAGGUUGAAUCACUGGUUGGGUUGCUCAUUUGUGAGCGUGUGGUUGUCAUUGGGAGCUGACAAACUAUUUGGAUUAAUAUGACUAAGAUUGCGAAUACUUGGAUUAACUAUUAAGAUUGAUAAAUAUAAAACUGUAAUCCCAUUCUUUCCAUGUUGUUCGGUUGGUGAGUGCAGAAGUAAAUGUAAACCCUGGAUGUGAUUACCUGACAGUCAAAUGGUUUGAUUUACUUUUAUGCAUGCAGGUUUAAUGUAUAAGCAAAUGUAGUGUAUAAUAAUAAUAAUAAUAAUAAUAAGAGUAUACGUAAUAAGAGAUGAUAAUAAUAAUAAUCUAAUUUCUAUAUUAUCUUUCAAGCUACCCAAGGAUGAAUUACCAUAUUUUCCCAACAAUAAUACACACUCAAAUAUACCCCAAAUUUCCUUUGUACUCAAAUAUUAUGUGCUCCCAGAAUUGGGUAUCCAUACACUUAGCACUUGUAUUAAGACGACAGAUAUGAUGAAUAAGUAAAGUCAUAAACACAUUUCAUGUGUGAUAAGAAUACCAAGUUUUUUUUUUCAAAUGUUUUGAUAGGACACAAGUUAGUCUUGGCAAAAAAGGAAACCUCAUGAAAUUCAAUUGAGAAAGGAGCAAGUUACAACUUAAUUUCCAAGUCUGUUCAAUGCCUCUGAUGGGAAUGUCGAUCCUUCCAACAUUGUUAGCUGGCUUUUACAGCAUGCUGGCGCAUCUCCUAUUCACGAGUUUUGCUUGACAUCAUAUACACAACCAAGGUGACCAAGCAUUGAAAAAUUAUCUAUGUGGCAAAGAAAAGACUUGCUUGUCAUGAUUCUUGCAGGUUUUUGUGGGGUCGUAGAAAUGGAAUUGUAGGUGCAAGUACACACGGACCUACUUUCACUGUGAAACUGCAAAUAGCUCAUAAAAUCACGUCUGGAUGCUUUGAUUACUUUGCAGGUACGAAUAACAAGAGAAUAUAUGUUAUUUAGGGCAACUGGUAAAUUCCAAGCUGGAAUUAGUAAAUAUCAUGCAGACAGCUGUUGGCACAUCACCAGUUCCCAAAGGGCAAAGCGGUGUCUGUCUGUCUGUUUGUCUAUCUGUCUGUAAAGGAGUUCAUCAUUUCAAAACAUUUUCUUCAUUUUGUGUAAAUCUGCUCCAUGGUCUGCUGUAGGUCGCUGUAUAGUCUAUAUGCAGAUGCAGGGCAGUUAUAUUGUAUGGUGAGAAAUAAGGGUGACCUAUACUGAUUGGAGCCGGGCAUAAUUAAUGAGUUGAUUGUUUUCAAUUCUGUAAGUUAAAUUUGUUGUGUCCAGAAUUGAGGCAAAGAGCAGAGGCAGUGUCUGGAAAAAAAGAUGACUUUGUGUUAUAGGAAAAUAUUGUACCUAUACAGCCUCGCAGACCUUCAUUUGGGACAAGUCUUCCAGACAUAGUCCUCAAUACAUUAGUUGUGAACAUUUAGAGAAAAUCUCCUGUUAAAACUAAUUUUUAAAAAUACACUAUUUAACUACCUUUUAAAAAGACCUUUUAAAUAAUUACUGGAAAUUAGUUCUGAUUUGUUCAGGAAUUUUACAAGAGUGUAUGAUGCACAUAAUAUUAUUUCCUACAUGAUUGACAACAUGCCUGCGCAAGCUGCUGUAAUGGACAUUUUCUUUUUUGUAAGUGUGAGGACCAACUUUCAUCAUUUUUAUUUAAAAAUAACAUGGGUUCUCUGAGCAAGCAUAAUAAUGGCAUUUUCUAUCAAUGCAUUUUUUACACAAAAGCCUCAUGAAUUCUCUUAAAAAGAGCCUGUAAUACAUUACAGUGCAUUAGUGAAUUAUUUCACUGAUCAGCAACCUAUUGUAAGUUGAUGAAAGCUUUCUUGUCAUUCUUUCUCCUGUGAGCUGCAAUGACACUGAGCUAUGCCUGCUGAAAAUAUACCUGAAUGAUCAUUUUCAUCAUUAGUAAUACAUUCAGCUCUCAGGUUUGUUGGCCAUCAAGUGCUUCACAAGCUAUGAACAGGGUCUGGAAAGACACAGAAGCAAAAUUAUGAAUUUACAUUGUUAUUUGCUUAUUUCAGUAUUAAUGUUGUAAAAGACGUUCUACUGUAGCUCCUGUUUUGAUCUGUAGCUUAACUUUUUUUUUUUUUUUUUAAAUGAACAUGGGAAUUCAACCGUGUUUCCUUACAUUUCAUUCUUUAGUUUGGAUUUUAAACUACUUUACCUUGAUUUUAAAAUGUUCCCAUUAUGUGUUGUAUAUAUUGCAAUGUAAACAAAAUACUAAUGCUCAAUAAAAAGCUUUGCAGAA